ACGUGCGUGGUAAUGAUGGAAAAGUCCAGAAGUAUACGCAUAAAUAAUACAGUAACUGACUUGCUGUACAUAACAUCAAAUAAACGCUCAGAAUAUUUCUUAAAUUGUUUUUAUAAACAAUUGUGUCACCAGCAUACUAGGGCAAUGAUAUAAGGCAAUGAAACCCAUUAAUUAUUUACAUAUUCGUUCUGAAUUUAAAUGAAAAUCGAACUAGAAUAAAUUAUGUAUAUAAUAUAUAUAACA